ACUCAGUGGGAGGGAUAGCACACUUAAGAUCUACCAGAGACAGAAAGAAAGAUUAAACUCCAAAACAGAAUCAAACUGUCCUGGCAGGAAACAGAAGCUACCGCGUGGACUCUUCACCAUUUAAACAGAGAUCCUCGACUGGAGGAGCUCACCUCAUCGAAUGUUUGUAUUCUUCGGGUUUAGCGGCAGCUGCAUGACACAAACAUCAUGCACCCACUCACUCGCUCGUCGUGAAUUCUCCGGACAAUGAGCAGCUCCAUUCACACAUUGGACAUUACUCAGACGUUGAACAAGGCAUCGGUCAGGCUGCCAUGGCUCCCAGCUUGGCCCAAGCAUACAGGAGGAGGUGGUGGAUGGCUGUCACAGCCAUCAUAGAGAACCUGCUCUUCUCUGCCGUUCUGCUGGGCUGGGGCUCACUGCUCAUCAUGCUGAAGAAUGAAGGCUUCUAUUCCUACCUUUGUAUCGAAAAUGUGAGUGUCAACGCCAACGUGACUGCUCUGGAGGACGGUGUCUGGCGGAGUUGUGUGGAGCAGGAGGAGGUACUGAACCUUGGCUUCACCAUUGGCUCCUUCCUCUUGAGUGCAGCCACUUUACCCCUGGGGAUCUUGAUGGACAGAUAUGGACCUCGCCCACUGAGGCUCGUUGGCAGUUCAUGUUUUGCAGCCUCCUGUGCGAUGAUAGCUGUUGCUGCAUAUGACCCCGACGUGCUGUCUGGCCUCAUCUUCCUCGCUGUCUCCUUCAACGGCUUCGGAGGAAUUUGCCUGACCUUCACUUCACUCACAGUAUGAUUCCCACUCACAAAAAACUGGACUGAGUGGACCACAGUGCACUGAAUCUGAACGAUGAGAUAUUGUGCUCACCCACUUAAAGCUUACUCUGUUAUGAUGUCAUAUUGCUGUAAGACGUGAUCGAAACACAAAUGCCAACACCAAGUCACUGAAUGAUACAGAGUGUGAACAGUGUUCUUAGUGACACCCCCAGAGACAAUCCUCAGCCCACUCUGCAGUUUCCUCAGCGCUAUGAAGAAGCUUAGCAUUUUUUAACUCAUUGUUUUGGUUUUAUAACCUGAAGCGGUUCCAUCUCAUGAACUUAAAUCCCACUGAUUUAAGUUCAGCCACCGUCCACUACAUGCCCAACACCAAACAGCAGCAAUGUUAGAGACUAUCUGGUCAUCAUAUCAGAGCAUUCAGCAUUUAAAGAGACAUAUAUACAUAUUUUUUUCUCAGUAGUAGGUGGAGACACAACUGAGCUACUAAAAGACAGUGAAUAAUAGACUUUAUUUAAUCUGGUGGACACCAACUGAACUCCAGUUGAAUGCUGAUGUUGCUGUGUGUCCGCUGGCUGUGUAGAUAGACAACUGUUUGCUGACAUGCUCACCAUAACAACUUUAUUAGGUGGAAAAAAGAACGGAGCAUUACCAACGUAUACUGCUUCUUUCAGUGUUCCUAUUUUGAAUUGAUGAUGACUGCCUACAUUACCUUUCAUUACCUCUUUGACAUUUUCCAAUUGAAGCUAAGGAAAUUCAAGAUAAUUAGCGUUUCAUUGUCAAACUAAUGAGGCCAUGUGAUGUGUAGUCUGUGCACAUUGCCAGUGCAGCAGAAGCUAACCCGUGUGGAAGUCUUGAAGUAGAAAGUCCAGUCCAUAUAUCUACUAGCAUAAAGUCCAAUAGUCAUGUGUAGUUUGGGCUGCUUUGUGCGUACCUGGGUUUAUAAACACACGUUCAUCCGUGUGUGUGCGUGCCUGUGUGCGUGCAUUUUGCCAAGCAGCACAUGCUGUUCCACUUUCACAAAUUCUGAUGCGGCCUCUCAGCCAAUCCAAAGCAUGGGCGAAACAACACACCCCCUGUCAACUCUCUCUUCCUCCCCCUCUCUGACCUAGACCAUGUCCUAGACUUGACAUAGUCAUUCUGGCCUCACUGCUGUCACUUCUGGUCUGGUGUGUGUUUGUGUCUGAUGUGUAUUAUCUUGAUGAUACGCUCUUACAUAACUACUUGAGGUAAACUGUGUACAUGCCCAGCUAACCUAACUAGCUGCAAACACAUUCCCUGUGAACUUUGCAAGGCAGUUUUUACUAUAAUAUACUGACUGA